AUGUCCACAUCAAAGACAGCAUCAGCAGCAUCAACAUCAUUUAGAAAGGCAUCAUCUGUUAUUGUUGCACUCAAAUGGUCUUUCAACAAACCACCUCCAUACUCUUGUGCUGAUAGGGUGUUACCUCCAACUGGCUAUGACUAUCGUAUAAUGAUGGUGAAGAGAUCACCUGAUCUGAGGGUAUUCCCUCGUGCACAUGUAUUCCCCGGUGGAGUAUUGGACAAACAGGAUGAGAGUCUACAAUGGCGUCAAUACUUUGACAAGGUCACAGUCGAUCUACCAAUGCGCAUCGCAGCACUACGCGAAGUAUUUGAAGAGACCAACUUCCUCAUCGGUGGUGUCAACGACGCCAUCGUUGAGACUCAAUCAGUGGACACUAUUCAAAGUGUUCGUAAUCUAGUAUUGAAGGACAGCAUACAUCUAUUGGAGUUCCUUCAAAAGGUGAGCAAGGACAAGCCAAAGUUGGAGGACAUCAAGGAAUGGUCACGUUGGAUAACACCAGAGGGCAACAAGCAUAGGUUCGAUACUUACUUCUACUUAGCACCAAUAACAAGUUACCCUUAUAAUGCAGUUGUGGAUCACACUGAGAACACUCAGAUGGAUUGGUUCUCACCUGAGGAAGCAUUGGAGGAACAUGAUAAGGGUACGAUAUAUUUACCGCCACCACAAUGGAUGACAAUGUUACAAAUGUCUCGUUUCCAUACGUUGGAGGAGUUGAUGCAAGAGUCCUCCAGACGUCAACAACUCUCUGUGGUCUUUUCACCAAAGUUCAUCAAACCAUCUGUGUCGUCCAGUGGCGUCUCUGGAGACAAGUCAUUGAAAGUGGACCGUAUGAUCCAAGUGCUGAACCAUGAUGCACUCAACACCAUUGAUCAAGGUACAUCCGAUCAACGACACAGACUCAACAUCCAAAGUAGUACUGGCGAUGUAACCGAUAUCAACAGCUGGCUCUACCACUAUGAGAAUAACAUCAAAUCCAACAUUGAUCAAUCACUUAAUGGAAGAAGGUGCAGGUCAUAUACCAAUCAAUCUAAACUCUAG